CAGAGAAAAGAGGGAUUUGAGUGAGAGGUACGGAGAGCGGGCGAUUUGAGUUUAGGUCGCUGCUCCGUCUCGCUGGAGCCGCCGUUGGACGGCGCUGUACCAGCCAUCGCCAUGGUUUCCGACGAGGAUAUCGCCAGCUGCAUCGAGUCCAUCCUCCGGCAGACUUCCGACCCCGCCGCCACCCUCUCCGGCGUCGUCCGCCAGGUCGAAGCCAAGCUAGGCGUCGACCUCUCCCACAAGUCCGCCUUCAUUCGCGACCAGAUCGAGAUCCUACUGGGCCCCUCUCGCCUGCCGGCGGCCACUUUUCUCGCUUCCCAGCAGCCUCCUCCUGCGGCUUCCCCGCAUAGCCCCUACAUCCUCCUGCCCUACCUGCCGUUGCAACAGCAGUUCUCCACUCACCAGCCAACUUCCUCCGCGCCCUCAGAUCCUUUCCCCCCUCAGCAGCACCCCGGAAUCACUUUCCAGUAUCCCCCGCCCCCGCCUCUGCCAGCUGCCGCCGUCAUGGCAGCAUACCACCUACAGCAGCAGCUCCACCAGACACCGCAGGGCGUCCAUGCUGCCAACCUCCCCCCACCUGCAGCUGUCGCUGUGUCUGCGCCAAAGGAAAGUGCACCACCUAAGGCUAAAAGAAAAGGUGGUUCUGGGGGUCUAAACAAAGUUUGUGGUGUUUCACCUGAACUCCAGCCUAUUGUUGGUGAGGCAGCAAUGUCAAGAACUCAGAUUGUGAAGCAACUCUGGGCUUACAUCCGAAAAAACAAUCUCCAAGAUCCUAAUAAUAAGAGGAAGAUCAUAUGUAAUGAUGAACUUAGGGUGGUGUUUGAGACUGACAGUACUGACAUGUUUAAAAUGAACAAGCUGUUAGCUAAACAUAUUCUUCCACUUGAUUGUGCGAAAGAGACUGCUUCUGAAUUCAAAAGGCUAAAGGCUGAAGAGGUUACUACACCUGAAGUUUCUCAACUUGAUUCUGAUGGAUAUCCUCUUUCUAUUUCUGUUGCUCUGGCCAAAUUUUUUGGAUGUGAAGAAAGAGAGAUGCUCCAAUCUGAUGCUUUGAGCCGUGUAUGGGACUACAUAAAAUCCAAUCAGCUGGAGGAUGAUACAAAUAUGGUGAUUACAUGCGAUACCAAGCUUGAAGAAUUGCUUGGUUGUAAAAGUUUCCCUGUCACAGGCGUAACCGACAUGCUGAAGAACCAUUUACUCAAAAAAACAUGAUCCUAUUAAAUAGCUGACACUUUUCGGUUUCAUCAGCUUGAUCCUAACACUUACAAGGGUGGAAAAAGAACUCUACUAAGACUUGUUACUGGUUGUAUGUUAUAAUUUUAGAAAGUAGUUUCUAAUUAGGUUGUUAUGUAACAUAUUUACCAAUGUUCCUAACACUAUAGUUGACCUACAAUGUUUGGUUUCCCGUUAUGGUUAUCGAAAUCGCAUUGGCCGUGCUAUCUUCUAGCAAUGUAUAUGGAAUACCUCGGAGAUAGAUGAAUACAGAUUGCAACCCCUCCACUCUAACCUUUUAUUGACAACCUUUUGCGGUAGGUUGUGCUCAAUGAUCUCUGCUUGUAGCAUACCACACUAUCACUUCAGCUAAAUUUCAGCUGUGAAAUUUCAGACAAAUUUCUUAUUCA